ACAUUUAGGUAAAGAUGUAACAGGAAAAUAUAUAUACAUGUGUAAUUCAAUAAAAUAAAACUACAGCGUUUAUGAAGUUGUCAGAAUUCUCAACCCCGCUUUCGUCACACACGUCAAAUAAUCGUAGUCGCGUUCGCCGGAAUGGACAAAGGUGACAAACACGCUUUUUACACAAACCCACGUCGACGCUCGGAUAGUCAUAACUGUCAAAUUGAGAUGCCGUGCCUCUUUUGUUUCUAUCUGUUGGUCCAAACCACAGAAAGUAAUUUAUCGUUAAGCAAAAAAAAAAAAAAAAUUCCCCAGCGUCUGACGCUGAAUUACGAAGUGUUUACAAAGUGGACAAAACUAACAGACCUCAUUGUCUGGGGGAGCACAAUCGGUCACGGUUAGCAUUUCAGUCACAUUUCGUCGUUGAAAUUUUAAAAGGCUGGUGUCAGUGAAUUAAUAUGUUAUGUGGUAAUAAUUUUUUGUUAAUAUAAUCAACAUCAAAGCUAAAUUAUUUGGAUCCCAUCUCGCUCGGUUUGUGAACAUCGCGAUGGUUUCGCCCGACAUUCUCCGCAGUCUGCAGUGAAACAUGGCGUCACUGAAAAGUGGCCAGAGUCGAAAAACUUCGCCGCUGUAAAACAUCGCCAGAUACUCGGGGACGUAACGACGACAUUUACAAACAAAACUCGUGCCCACUAUCCGUCGGAGACAUGCCCCGGAAAAAGCCAUUUAGUAACAAGCAAAAGAAGAAGCAGCUGCAAGUCAAACGGGAAAGAAAGCGAGGUGACACAGGCUCAGGACCAAGUAGCCGGAAUGCCAGCAUGGAGCGUGGGGGAGAUCGGCAGUCGGACACGUCAGACAGCGAGACCACCGACAUCCUGAGGAUAAAUCAGCAGCCGUCAGGCCGAGAGGGCAGACAUGAUCCCAAUAGGUUUCGUCUUCACUUUGAAAAGGAGAGCAAAGAGGAAGUGGAGAAGCGGAAGAAAAUGGCCCGGGAGAAGAUCCUGCUGCCCAUCUCGGACAAACAACUGGAAAUCGGCAUCGAGGACAUCUACCCGCCACAGAGAGGCCUGGGUUUCCCACGACGGCCGCCCUGGAACUACGAGAUGAGCCGAGCUGACUUGUUGAGGAAAGAGGAGAAGUCGUACAGGCAGUACCUGGAUGACUUGCAUUCCAGGAACCCGCCCGGAUCCCUCAGCCAUUUUGAGCACAACCUGGAGACAUGGAGGCAGCUGUGGCGAGUGUUAGAGAUGUCAGAUGUCGUCCUGCUCAUCGUGGACAUCCGGCACCCAGUGCUGCAGUUCCCCCCCGAGGUGUACCGCUACAUCACCGGCGAGCUGAAGAAGCACAUGGUGCUGGUGCUGAACAAAGUGGACCUUUGUCCGCCGGCUCUGGUGAUCGCGUGGAAACACUACAUGACUUCGCAGUUCCCGCAGCUGCACAUCGUCUGCUUCACCUCCCACCGCGGCCAGGCCUAUAGCACAGUGCUCCAGAAAAAGCGCAUGAGGCGCAAGGCUGACUGGAGUCACGCCGGGGGUCCCACGGAGAUCCUGAAGGCCUGUCAAGAUAUCACCACUGGAAGAGUCGACCUGUCCAGCUGGGAGCAGAAGAUCCAGGCGAAUGCCGUUGCCGAGCAACACGACGACGAGGGCCCGGACGAGGAGGCCGCGUCGGUGCUCGUGGAACAUCAGAGUGAUAGCGCCCUGGAGAUGAGUAACCCGACGCAGGAGCUUUACAAAGAUGGCGUUCUCACCCUGGGUUGCAUUGGCUUCCCGAAUGUUGGCAAGUCAUCCGUCAUCAACAGCCUGGUUGGCCGGAAGGUGGUGAGUGUGUCACGGACUCCAGGCCACACCAAAUACUUCCAGACCUACUACCUCACCCCCACCGUCAAACUCUGCGACUGCCCCGGCCUCGUCUUCCCCUCGUGUGUGGAUAAACAGUUGCAGAUUCUGGCUGGCAUCUACCCGGUGUCGCAGCUGCAGGAACCGUACAGCUCAGUGGGUUAUCUGUGCGAGAGGACGCCCUUCCUCUCGGUGCUGAAGCUCAAGCAUCCUAAUUUAGAAGAAGUCAACACCCAUCAAGGAGACCAGGUUUCGACGGAGGCCCCCUGGACCGCCUGGGAUGUUUGCGAGGCGUGGGCCGAGAGGAGAGGCUACAAGACGGCAAAAGCGGCCCGUAAUGACGUCUACCGUGCGGCGAACAGCCUCCUGAGGUUAGCCACUGACGGCCGCCUGUGCCUCUGCCUCCGACCGCGUGGCUACAGCUGCUUGAGAGAGCAUUGGGAAAGCCACACCGACAUCCCGGAGAUCCUGGCGCUGCAAGGACGGACGUCGGAGGAGGACGCCGCGGGCAAGAGGGACGACGAAGAAGACGGCGAGUCCAGCACCGAGCCCGAGGAAGAGCGAGACCGAGACGCGGACGACGAUGACGACGGCGACGAAGACGAGGGCUUCGGACAGCCCAGGCGAAAGGAGCAGACGACGACCGGCUUGGCCGCCAACAUGUUUCACGUCCUGCGGGAGAACGAAUGUGAGUGAUGGAAAGGAGUUUUUUUUUCUGACAGUCUCCCGCUCCAACUCCUUCAUUCCGGUUUCCUCCUCCCCAACCUCUCAAGAUGCCUUCCAUCUCAUGUGUCGUGAUCCUUUCGAAUAUACACACGAUAAGGCUGCCAAUGCUCAUUGUUUUGGAUUUCUGCGGACCUUGAAGCAGAAUUAACACCCGAGGAAGCUAGUUGUUAGCAUGCCUGCUGAAGAGACCGUGCGACAACACGGCAUCUGCGCCUGCACUUUCCUGCACUUCAGCAAAGCCACUAGAUGGCAGAAGGUACUGAACAAAAUCAACCCCGGGGAUUCUCACCUCCCAUUAUUUCUUCAUACAUAUUGCAUAAUGGAUGCGGAAUGGUUGCCGGAGCUCAACGAAUCAAAUUGAAAGUUCAAGAAAAAGCCGCAUCCUUACCUGACAUUUGCACACUCGCGUCCGUAAUACAGAACAUAUUUUUCUACUCCAUGCUGUGCCUCAGCUCUGCUUGUUAAUGCACAAUUUUUUUCCUCCUGGUGUCAAGUGGCGUGUACGGGAUUCGUUUUUGUGCACGUGUGCAUGUUUUCAAAGGAGAGGAAGAAAAAAAAAAGCGUCAAAUCUGGUUCAGGGAUGGGCAUCAUCAACUGUCGCCAAAAGGUUGAAGGCAGAGUAGAGUGCCCUGCUUGGCUGCAGUCAGCAGAGGCACUGUCGAGCCACUUUCAGAUCGUUGCUGUGUAAAGCUGUGCACACACAUAUCGGCAAUAUUGCGAUCAAAGUCGGCAGCGCCCAAUUGUUGGAUGUGAAUGAUUCGGCUGUGGUGUGGGGUGUCUUAAGAGUGUUUGUUUGUUUUUUUUGUCCCCCCCUGGCCCCACUCUCAAAUCUCCUCAGAAAACGACCGAGGUGGACAAUCGUACAUGGUAAACCUGUUCAGUAUUUCUCAUCUUGAUCCAUACACGACAAGACCAGUAAAAAUGUACUUGAUGAUUUUGUUUUUUUCCCUGAUCACGUGUGUCGUCUGCCCCUUUUUAAAAAUAUCACAAUUAUAGAAAGAACCAAUUCCAAAUGCAAGUGUGGCACGGACGUCAUCUGGAGAAGUUCCAAAACAUUGUUUACCCCCCCCCACCCCCCAAAAAACAUGGCAAAACUUUUGAAAUUUGAUUCAAUUCAUCAUACUCACCAGAGAAGAGAGAUUUAUGAAACGCAUUAACUUGUGCAGAGCGCAUCAGACUUGAUUUGCUAUUCAAACUUGGCCUGCUCUGACCAGCCAAUCAGGACGGAAAAAUGCUGAGAUCGCCCUCCGAGGCAAAUAAAAAAUCUGAUUCGUAAAAGAAACAGUCCUGCUGCUGCUGUCGGCGAAGUUCUAUUUGCCAGCACGACAGAUUUUUGAAGGCUGGAAUUUGAUGGGGGACAAAAGAAAUAAAAUAAUUCACAUCGAUGUUCUGGAAACCGAGCAACCCAAAAGAAACACGUUGAAAUAGAGAGAAUAGAAUCUGAAUAAAUGAAAUCACUUCAAUGGGAAAAAAAAUGAACAUUUAGAAGCCUUGUGAAGAUAAGAGACUAAACCGCAUGUGUUUACCCUUCUGAAAAAAAAAUGUGACCUUAUCUGUGGAAAGUUGAACUUCAUCCACACUUUUGCACAACUUCAUCUCAGUAUGACACUGGCGUCAAAAACUGAUAGAUUUUCACUCUCCCACCCAAUAACAAUAGUUACCC